GGCUAUCAUCAGGUGACAAUUGAACCCGAACCGGAUGAACAUUUGGGUAUCCGAUAUAAAUCACGAGGACGCAGACAAUGGCGGGAAAAAUCAGUGCCCUUGAAGAGUCUCUUAUUGUGAAACCCAUAACAAUGUCCGGAAUCGAAACCCUAGGUAUUCUAGAUGAGAUUCAAGCUCUUGUCUCUGAUCAUCUCCAAGUGGUUUCAUAUAAGUGGCUGAGUCGCAAAUUUUUGGUGUCUUCAAAUACCGCAAAGAGGUUGCUUGAAGAGUUUGUUGAGAAACAUGGAAGUGGGCUGGAAGUAGUAUAUGCUUUAUGUGGCUGGUUGAAAAGCAGUCCUCCAAGUUAUAAUAUAAAGCUUGUUUCUGGGCCUAAACUUGCAGAAGCCAAGCUAGAAUUUGAUGGAAGCUGCUCAGUUCAAGUUUAUAGUGUGCAAGCCAGCAUUCCUAAUGAUCCAGCUGCACUUUGGAAUGCUGAAUAUGUACAAGCUGAAGAGCUAUUUAAGCAGCGUUCACUUGAUAAUUGCUUGAGAGAUAAUAGGUUCUGUGGGAUUUCAAAUUCCUUUGUGAAGUGCAAUGUUGAUGGAACUUCUGUAAGCAUUGCUGAUGUACAGCCCAAAAGUUCAGGGAUCCCACAGCUAUCUAAAAGUAAUUCUAUGGUUCAAAACAAUUCAGUUCCACCACCUCAGCAAAACAAAAUACAGCAAUCAAACCCAAAAGUCAGUUUGCUGUCUGCAACUGUGGUAAAAGAUGUAAAAGCUGAAAGUAAUAGUAUAGGAGUUCAUGAUCAGGCUAUAGAAAAAGUAAACACUUUGCUUGCUAGUAAGAAGAAAGGCCAGAAUGAUAAAAGCUCUUCUGGCAAUGGUGGUUCAUUAGCAAGUUUAUGGGGUCGUGCAUCCACAAAGGAAAAGCCCAAUUCAGCAGCUGCAGUUGAUAACACUAGUGCAGAAGCUCAAAUAUCUGUGCGUGAAGCGGCAGAGAACAGCAGUAGUGAUGAUGAUGCCAAAGAUGUUAAUUUUAGGAGGGCCUCCAAUGGUGAAGGAAAUAGGAAAAGGAAGGCAGUUUUCGAUUUAUCAGAUGAAGAUGAGUAUGAAGACACAGUCAAUUUGGGAUCCCCUGAUCCUCCAAAAGGAAAAUCAGAUUUAAUUCCAAAAGAAAAUAAAAAACUUUUGGUUAUUGGAAAACCAGAUCUGAUAUCAAAUGAGCUGAAAGAAGAUAAACUAGAAGCCAAGGAAGAGAAAGAAACUAACGGAGAAUCCAACCAAUCAACAAAGGAAAAUUCUGCAGCUGUCAGCAAACUAAUGAAGAGUGAAACCUCCUUUACGGAGAAGGCUGAAAGCUUUGUGCCUCAGAAUGACAUCAAUAAGGAUAAAGUGGUGAAUUCUGUUCCAAAUUCAGCUAAAAGGAAGAAAGUGUUGAAGACACACAUUGACGAGCGAGGGAGAGAAGUAACGGAAGUUGUUUGGGAGGGUGAGGAAACUGAAAUCAAGAGAGCAGACAGUGAGACAAUGAAUAAAGCUGACAAUGAGAUGACAAAGAAAGCAGACAGUAAUCCAACAAAGAAGGCCGGCAGUAAUACAGUCACCGGUAAUAGCAACAGGCCAUCAGCAGCUAAGAAGUCUCCAGCAUUGGGAAGCACUGUGCCAUCAAAUCCAGGGAGCAAAGCAGCAGCGAAGAAAGGUGGAAACCCGAAGGAUCCUAAGCAAGGCAACAUUUUAUCAUUCUUCAAGAGGGUCUGAGGAGAAAGAACUCAACUCAAAUUUCAUUCAUGUAACUCGUUUUUCUUUUUAUUCCUUUUUGGGGUUACGUUGAUGCGAAUGUGUAUGUUCCUGAAUCUUGUAGAAAUGCAGGGCUUUGGCGAGUUUAAGUUAA